AGGGGAGUUUAUUGAGGUUUCACAGAUGCAAGAGGGAUGAAUUUGGCUGGUUGCCAUAUUGCAUAAGCAAAGAAAACUAUGUCAUAGGUUCUAAUUCAGCAUGCAAAUUGCAAGGAAUAUUUACAUCUUUAAUUGACAUUUAACAAUAUGUCAGUGGUGGCAGCAGCAAAGACAGCUACUCUACCAGCAGACAUGCCUCUGUGAAAUGUAAGUGCCUGUAUAUUUGGAAAAAAAAAAAAUUAAAUGAUAUCUUUGCAAAUGGGUUACCGACAAUCUUGUUUAAAAGUUAAUUGAAUAUUCCUUGCAAGUUUGAUGUACGUUUCUCUUUUGAUAUAACUGCCUCCUUUGGCAGCCAGGAAUUAAAGGGGCGGACUUCACAAUGGGCCAAGCUUCAAAAGAGAGAAGGAAGAAAAUACAAAAAGGGAACUGGAUUUUCCAGACAUUUCCUGCAACUGCUGUUCCAUCUAAGGCUAGUUGAAUAGAGCAGGAGUGAGGGAAUGCAAUACACACUUGAGAACAGUAGGAGAAGGGGGAGAGAAAGAGGAGACUUACAAAAUGGUGGAAGCCUUCAUGUGUCAGUCUGAAUCCAGCUCUGCUCUGCAGACUGCUCCCUUACUUCGCGCAAAAUGCAGCCGUUGCCUUUCCUGUUAUUUCAACUACUGUAGAGUCACGUUUGUCCAAUAAUGUGGGACAUGAAAACCGCCAAGGGUCUGGCUGAAGAGCAAGUAUAAUUGACAGCACAAGCAAGAGAGGAAUAGAAGGUUUGCAACUCCUGGGUACAGCGAGAUCUUUGCUAUGACUGCAGCACAACCUGUCUCCACCCUUAGCCAAGACACCUCGGUAGAAGACGCUCCUGAGGUCUCCUCUCUCCUCUGCAUGCCAUCAGCCCAGGAGCAUCAUGGGGAGCGUCAGUAGCCUCAUCUCUGGCCACAGCUUCCACAGCAAGCACUGCCGGGCCUCCCAGUACAAGCUCCGCAAGUCGUCCCACCUGAAGAAGUUGAACAGGUAUUCAGAUGGGCUGCUGAGGUUUGGCUUCUCCCAGGACUCCAGCCACAACAAGUCGAGCUCCAAAGGCAACAAGAAUGAGGACUUCUUUUACAUCAAGGUCAGCCAGAAAGCCCAUGGCUCCCACCGGACGGAUUACACGUCACUUUCCAGCGGGGACCUGGGCAGCCAGACAGGGGCGACUGGCAUGGACUUUGGCACACCCACUCCCCAGAAACUGAUGCCAUUUUCCAAUCAGCUGGAACUGGGCACAGAGAAGGGCGUUAUAAGGCCAACUGCCUUCAAGCCAGUGAUCCCCCGCUCAGGUGCGAUCCUCCACUCCUCUCCGGAAAAUGGCAGCCACAUCUCCCAGCAGCUGCACCCUCCAGACAAAACGAAGGAUCAAGAACUCAAGCCCAUGUUGUGCUCUGGAGGUUUGUCAGACUCCGGCAGGAACUCCAUGUCCAGCCUCCCAACCCACAGCACCACCAGCAGCUACCAGCUGGAUCCCCUGGUCACCCCUAUGGGGCCCAUCAGCCGCUUCGGGGGCUCAGCCCACAACAUCACCCAGUGCACCAUCGUACAAGAAAGCAACAUGAUGAGCCUCAAGGCGCUGUCCUUCUCCGACAGCGGCAACAAGAUCCUCAACCCUGGAAAAGCUGCCCACCACCACGAGAAAGCCUCCUGCAUCCGGUCUCCCAUCUCCACAGAUGAGUCCACCAUCCAGGAGCUGGAGCAAAAACUGCUGGAGAGGGAAGGGGAACUGCAAGAACUGCAGUGCAGCUUCGAGGAGAAGGAGAUCACCUCCUGCCAGGCCUAUGAGGAAAAGCAGAGGCGCUGCAAGGAAGAGCUGGAGGGGCUGAAGCAGAAGUGCAACAGCAAGCUCAAACAAACCUCUCAGAAGAUGCAGCGGACGCAGCACGUGCUGCACCUCCAAGUGUUCCAGUUGCAAAAGGAGAAGAAGCAGCUUCAUGAGGAGCUGGAGAACCUCAUGAAGGAGCAAGACCUGCUGCAGACCAAGCUGAGGUCCUACGAGAAAGAGAAAACCAGCUUUGCCCCAGCGCUGGAAGAAACUCAGUGGGAGGUGUGUCAGAAGUCUGGUGAAAUCUCCCUCCUGAAGCAGCAGUUGAAGGACUCCCAGAUGGAGCUCAAUGCCAAGACAAGCGAGAUCCUCAGCCUGAAAGCCCAGCUGAAGGACGUGAGGGGGAAGAUGGAGGGACUGGAGAUGAAAACACAGGAUCUGGAAGAUUCCCUUCGCACCAAGGCUAUGGAGUUGGAGGUGUGCGAGAAUGAGCUCCAGCGCAAGAGGAACGAGUCAGAGCUGUUGAGGGAGAAGGUGAACCUGCUGGAGCAGGAGAUCACGGAGCUCCGGACGGAGCUGACCAUCCUCAAGGAGCAGCGAAGCAAUGGGAGGGAUGGGAUGGUCUCCGCCAGCCCAGCUGUGGGGAUGAUGGACGACAUCCAAGCCCUGCAGGGGGAAGUGGAGAAGCUGAAGGUGGAGCUGAAGGAGGAGAGAGACAAGAAUGAGCAGAUGACUUCUAGCUUCCAGCAUGAGCGACAGAUCUGGAAGGAGGAGAAGGAGAAGGUGAUCCACUACCAGAAGCAGCUGCAGCAGAGCUACCUGCACAUGUACAAAAGGAACCAGAACAUGGAGAAGAUGCUCCAUCAACUGGCUGCAGGGGGAGAUGGCAAAGAGCCCAUCGACCUGGAUAUCCACGGCACCGAUGUCCCCUACGAGGACAUCAUAGCCACGGAGAUCUAACCAGACUUGCGCUCUCUCUCCCCGCACCUCACAGCGGCGGGGAGGAGUGUAUCAGGCAAGGACUGAGCGGCACAGCCCCAUGGGUCAGUUAACGCUGGAGAGCCCAUGUACAGUUCGGAUGAGCUCUGUAUGUGUUAGCCAAGCUGGUUGCCCAGCUAGCUCAAGAGCCCCUAGUGUGGCACCAUGAUGGUGUCCCAAGCUGUCUGUCAUGUUGUGGAGGUGAAAAAAAACUAGUCCUGCUAAUGGUGAUGUGCCAGCAUCCACCCUUCAUGUCCGAUGUAUCCUCAGCAGGAUGCUGGUCGCCCACUUGUAGGACUGAGAAACGGGGGGAGGGGAAGGGUUGGGGAUUGGAACAGGAGUUUAGCAGAUGAUUCUGCAAUCAGGGAAUAAAAUGACACGCUGGCCAAACUCUCCUAGGGGUGCAGAAGGGGCCACUGGCUCACAGUGACUAAGGAAAUCAGCCCCCUCCAGUGUGCAACGAACACAUUGAUCCGGCCCCUGGAAGAGGGCGGCCAGGGACACACUCCUCCUCCUGAGCGCCACGGGAAAUAAUGCCUAUUGCAACCACUGAGCCUGGGCCCAAGGGCUAAGGAACACACUGAGCCAAUCAAAAAAAAAAAAUCUAUCUUCCUCCUGGGGAUUCUGGUUUCUAGGAUUUGCAGGCUUUUAUUCCUCUGAAGCUCGAGUCCAGUGGAACCCAUCCAGGCUCCAGUCCCUACAGGCCAAGGCGGUAUUUUUGCCAUGCCAGAGAUUUGGAUUAGCAUCUCCAAUCUGCACCUUCGCUCCUUAGGUUAACCUGACCUCAAGAAUGACCACCCCAACCAGCUAGUUCAGGACCAGGGACCAAAGGGAGCCCCAUCCAUUUCUCCUUGGCAAGCAGGAUGAUGGUGGGUAUGUUGGGGGAAAGGGUGGAAAUUAAAAGAUCCCUCCCUGUUUCUGAGAGAGAAGAGGAUGAGGAUCGAUCCUGUGCCCUCAGGAAAAAAAAGAAGGGGACCAAUCUCAAGGGAGCAUUAGCUGAUGGUGCUUAUCAGUACAGCUUCAUGCCACCCCAACUGCUUCAGGCCAACGAGGCCCAUGACUUCAGCAAGCCUGACUAUCUCACCUCCAGAGUGGGUCAGAAAAUGCUGCAAGAGUCUUCAUAAAAAAAAGGUUGAACAUUUCAUAAUAAUUUUGAGCUGGUAGGUUUCCAGAAGGAACCAUUUUUCACCUAUUUAAAGCUUUUGCUAAAUGUUUUUAUUGCAAAAUGUUCACUUUUGAAAUUCCAAGUUUAGAAAAUUUUCAGCUUUUCAGUUUUAGAACCUGGCCCCUGCCCCCUCCCUCCUUCUGUCAUUAAAAGGGGAAGGAGAGAAAAAGGAAAAAUAAACUGAAAACACCAAAUCCCCAAAUGUUUAGUUUACAGGUUUCAUUAAAAAAAAAAAUUUUUGGCAAAGAUUUCCAUUUUAGGAGUAAAAGCCACUUUCCAACUAAAAUAUUUUUUGUUUAACAAAUUUUGACCAGUCCAGCUCAGCUACUUGCUGCUUUUUGUGUCUGGUUGCCUGAGGAGGAUGGGGUAGUCUGUGCUUUGGGGAAUUACAGACUUCUCACCUUAUACUGGGUGCAUAAAAUUCAAAGCCAAAGCCAUGUAGCCAAAACCAUUCCUUGAAAAUCCUGCCCUGUGUUCUUCCUAUUGUCUCUCUCAUCUCGGAGCUACCAAAAUAUCAGUCCAUCUCAUUUUUUCCAUCAUUUUAGUCAUUUUUAUUUGUGUUUAUUUUGUUCCCCCUUCCCAUUCCAUGAUCAAAGUUCAGGCUCGUAAAGGGAGAUGCUGCAGGAAAGAAGCUUGGCCCUCAACAGCUGCUAAACAUACUCUUUACAGUUCAGAUCCCCAUAUUUUAAUAUGCCAGCCAGGCACAGGUGGAGGUCAAGGCCAAGUUGGCUACUGUCAAGAUCCCCCAUGUGGCAGCUGCUGGAGUUUGGCCAUCACCUGUUUUAGAUUCACUGGCCCAAGGGUCCAUUGUUCCUAAAAACAACCUUCUAAAUCGCUACCAAAUAUUCUUUGGUUUCUUGGAUUUUAGUGCUCAUGGGGAAAAGAGAAAAUCCCCACAUGUAGCUGAGCCAAUGCUCCUCGAUCCUGACCUCCAUCUCUCUGUGCUGUUCUAGCCGUAAGGGAACCCACACAAAGGUGGGACUGCAGGUCUUGACCCAGAAUAACCCCUGAUAUUGCAGUGCUGAACAGUCCCACCCUUCAUUGCCAUAUCCCUGACCCAAAAGAGCCUUUGCUACUGUGGUCCCCUCUUUGCCCUGCAGGUGCACCUCCAUCCUGACCUGCAUCACUCCAUUUUUCCAGUCCUGGAUGAAUUGCACCAAGUCUCACCUAGCUAGGGAGCAGGGUGGCUAUGUGAACCAAUGCUAGUGAAGGACUUAAACUGAGCCCUGGGAAACUCCUCUCACGUGUAACCUGAUGAAGAUUUGGAGCUCAAGGAGUUGAUUCUCCAUUGUCCUGUUCCUUGUGCACUCACUGUCACCAGUACAAGUGAGUGUGAAAUGCUGCCAUACCCAAAUGGUAGUUCUUUACACCAACAUAAAUAACUGCAAAAGACACAAGGCAAUGGGGGAUCAGGCCUCAGGUUUCCAAGGGGAAAAGGCCUCUCCAUUAUCAUCCUCCCUUCUUCUCCACAUGCCAGCCAGGAAGCUGGGUUUAAGGAUAUACUCUCAAGAGUCAAAACAUGCAUAAAUUACCAUUUCCAAACCACACUCAUCUCUGGAGAAUCCCCUCUGAAGCCAGUGUUGCUACCCCAGGGAGAAACUUGGCUCAAUAGUUAUAUGUCAAGCUAGGAGGCAGCUUCCCUGCUCUCUCUCUGAUUCCCCCACAUGUUCCCGCCUAUCGAAUGCUGACUGCCUUAUUAUUCCCCUCCGUGCCCUUAAGUCAGUGGGUUCCAGGCCCAGUGGGUGACAGGAGCUUGUAAGAGAAAAGGAUUUCAUUUUGUUUUCUAGUCCAAGUUUUAAAUCUUCCUCCAGCCUUUAAUGGGAGGAUUACAAAAAACUCCAGCAUGUAAACCAGCCUUCCUGAACUCAGCAGCUGCCCAACUGGGCUUCAUUGUCCUCACAUUGAUGCCCGUUUGUGAGGGCAGGUUCUGCCGGGGCCGGAAAGCAUGAAACAGAAUUCUCAGCCACAAGCCUCUGAGAGCAUUGGGAAUUUUAGUGCCCAGGAAAGCUGGCUCGGCAGAAGCCGGAAGCCUCUAUUCAUGGAGCAGGUACGGGAUGGACAGCAGCAGCUCAGGAGUCCAUGACGUGCUGUGUUCCCACCAUGCUUUGCCUGUGGCUUCAAAGGGACCCCUGCUCCUCUAGGAAUGUGAGGAGAGUUCAGUGUCCAUUGCCUGCUGGUUUCUCUCCUAGCCAAGCCUGCCAAAUCAGGAGACCAAUUUGUGCCAGUUGCAGUGGGGUUUAUAGUGGAGCGGGGACAUUGGUCCCCUGAGGAACUGGGCCGAGAUCCACCAAACUCCCUUCACGUGGGCUGGUGCACAGCCUCCAGCAUUCAGCCACGAUCCUCUGAGCAUGAAUUCAAACUGACGAGGUAGAGGCCAUCACCCCUGAGCCACCCAAUUCCUAAGCCUAUGCUGGAGAGGUGAAUGGACUUUGCAUCCUAUUGCCAGUGCCCCAGCUUCUAAGCUGAAACCGAUCUAUGCCUUGUGUGUUUCCCCAACCAAAGCAAAACCAGGUGUCGUUCUGGAAGCUAUUUUACAUUUGGCUCAAACCUGAUAGGUGGGCAGCACACACUAGUCUUUUCCUCUGAUGAGUCAGAGAAAAGGCUUUGGCCACCACCACCGUCCCAUCUAUUGUGCAGUCCCCCAAAAUCAGAACCCAACACUCAAGGGUAGGAAAGGCCCCAGCCCAUCCACCAUGCGCUGAUUCUCCGUGGCUCUGCAUUUUGCAUAGUCAUUUCCACCAAUGCAAAGCCACUGGACUGGAUUUGCAUCCUGCAAGCCAGCCAUAGUAAGGGACAGUGCUCACCUGCACUGCCCCAGGAUCUGGGCAGAAAUUAGAUGCCGAAUCUGAAAGUCACAGCCUCAUCCCUGCUUCUCUGUCUGUAUUGGCUCUGAUAUUCAGGCCUGUGCAACAGCCUUGGCUGCACCCCCUGUACCAGAGGGAGAGCCGCUGUUGUCCCCCAUACAUGCAUGGCUGGAACUUGUGGAACAAUUGCAGGGGAGGAAGGGGUCUCUCCCCCACCCCCACUUUACUCCCAGAACACACAACUGAGCCCAUUCUGGUUUGGCCCAGACUUUACACUGUUGUGCAAAUAACUACACCAGGUUCAGGGGAAAAGAGAAUCAGGUCCCCUAGUGCUAAAUUUCCACAAACUUCAGGGAGGCUUGGAUACUUUGUGUCUCGAGCUCUUCUUUACUGAAGGAGGAGUUGACUGUUUCCCAGUCAUGCUGUUCCUUCAGCCCAGGAGCAGCGAGCAUCUUUGGCCAACCAGCCAUCUCUAGGAAUAAGUCCCCCUGCCACCCCUACACAGUAAAUUCAUCAGAUCUUUCAGACAAGGCAGAUCCAGUUCCAGUUCCUCCAUGCCUUUUCCCCUUAGAGAUUUUCUGCUGGGAGGUGAUGUGAGUUUGCAUUUUUCUGUAAGAUAUUGUGUUCUUCUCCCAACAAAUUUGCUUCCCCUCCACGCCAUGCAUGUGUCAUGCGUUCACUGCCUCUCUGACACACUGCACACUGAGGCAGGGAGGAUCCAAGCAACUAGCAAUUAAAAUGAUCAUAACUUGGAACCAACAAAUGGUUCUUUAUAUCUGUAGUGCCCAAGAUAACCUUCUACAGAAAGGGGUGGUUGUAUUUGCCUUAAAUACAGCGGAUUCCUCCUGGAAAACAAACAGUCUGAUCAGGAAGAAUUCCACAUUUUAAUGUUGCACUGAUGCCUUCUUUUUUUAAAUCAAAAGAAACAAGCAAGUGGCACCAAGUGUCUGUUUUCAGCUUGCUCUUCAAUACCAAGCCCUGGGCUGGAAUUUCAGAGGUGUUGAGCACCCAUGAAUUGCACCCAAGUUAACAGAAGCAGCAGGUGCUGAGCACCUCUGAAAGAUUGGGCCAUGACUGUGAUGUGGCAGAUCCUCAUGAUGAGGUAGGUAGUGCAAUUCACAAAUAAAACAUCACAUUACAGAAAGCUUACCUCCCAUUGGUGCGCAGAUAAGUUCAGGGCAUAUUAAGGCUCUGAGCCUCCAAUUGCACGCAUAUGCUUUGUAUCCUGUAACCCACACAGAACCCUGUUGAAGUCCCCAGGGCACCACACAGGUGCAGAUACAGGAUUGGGAAGUAAAUGAUACAGCUCUUCAGAGAGAGCCUCAAACUACAACAUCUGCAUUUGGAUUCUGAACACCUAGAACUUCAAGGUAGUUUUGAUAGACCCAGUAGAAAGAUAAAGGCUAUUUAUAAAAUUUGGAUCCAGUUUCAGAUUUCAAACCCGAGGCUCUAGAUUUUACCCGUAUCUUCUGAAAAGACAGCUUGGGAUACAAUUUGAACAAAAGAA